AUGGGCAAAAGGACACACAACCCACCAGGUUGUACCCAAGAUACUGGUGCUGAGUUGACAGAGACCCAUCAUGAUGAGCUUCAUGAAGCAGAUUUAGGUGCACCUCAAAUUGGUGCUGUAACAAGGACAUCAAGUGAUAUCCUUCCACGAGAUAGGGAGGAAAAGACACCCACCUAUGAUUAUGCGUACGAAAAAUCGAUGAGUCACGCAGAAGCAAGACUCUUCUAUCAGAAUCACCAAUUUAUCUCGCGAGGAACCGACGAUGAGUGGGAUCAGGACUCGAGCUCGGCAAACGCAAACAAGCUUCCUGUCCAUAUCGAGGAAAGUGAUUCGCAGGCCCCACCUUCGCCAGUCAACAGGCACGAGAAUACGCGGAUAGGUGCCAGCAGCUCAAGUAACUUUACUCAACAAGAUUACAUGUCCACAAGUUACCAGUUCGAAAACGCAAGUCACAGCGUCGUCGGCCAGUCGCUUCGAAGGGGGGUAACUGGCCCUGGAUUUGUUGAAUCAGGUUCACAAGAAGCAUGUCACAUCCGAUCUCCCAAAGAUGACCCCAAUGUUGUCGGAACGACUACGAAUACAACGGGUAGCGGUACUAUUGCCGCAGAGCUGAAUGUCAUAUAUCGCAAAAUUAGGAGAUUACUUGAUCGACGUUCAGAAUAUCUCCAAUUGUCAUCACAGCGGUCUGAGGAUAAUCCGAAAGAUGACACUGAUUGGAAGAUAUAUCCUCCACCUCCAGAGCCAGCCUGGGAUGCCGAUAAAGACUCCGGGAGACAAAAUUUUCUUCCCGAUGCCGGGCAUAGAAGAAGGAAAAUGGGACAGGACAUCGGUGAAGAUUUCGACAUGGCUGACCUCAUUCCACUCCCCGGGGAGUCGAAUUGGACUUUUGGACUGGACAAGAAUAGCGUUUAUCAAGUAUACGAGACACACGAAGCUGAAAAUCAGCGUGAACCGACCAUGAAGAUUCCUUCAUUGCGAGACUUCUACAUGGACCUCGACGCAGUAAUUGACGUAUCUACAGAUGGUCCUGCGAAGAGUUUCGCAUUCAAAAGACUAUCAUACUUAGAGGGCAAGUUCCAACUAUAUACUCUACUCAACGAGUAUCAAGAAAUAGCCGAUAGCAAAAAGGCACCUCACAGGGACUUCUAUAAUGUCCGGAAAGUCGACACCCAUGUUCACCAUUCGGCUUGCAUGAAUCAAAAACAUUUGCUCAGAUUCAUCAAAAGCAAGAUGAAAAAAUCGCCCGACGAGGUUGUUUUAUACAGAGAUGGCAAGCAUUUGACGCUCCGGGAGGUUUUUGAAAGCAUCAACUUAACCGCGUACGACUUGAGCAUUGAUACUCUUGAUAUGCAUGCCCACACGGACUCAUUCCAUCGCUUUGACAAGUUCAACCUCAAGUACAAUCCGGUGGGAGAAUCUCGGCUCCGCGAGAUCUUCCUGAAGACAGAUAACUAUAUCAAGGGUCGAUACCUGGCAGAAAUCACCAAAGAGGUGAUAUCAGACUUGGAGUCCAGCAAAUACCAAAUGGUAGAGUGGCGUAUCUCAAUAUACGGAAGAUCUAUCCACGAAUGGGACAAACUCGCUGCUUGGGUCGUAGACAACAAACUGUUCUCACCUAAUGUCCGUUGGUUGAUUCAGGUCCCUCGACUUUAUGAUGUGUACAAGUCGAGUGGCAUGAUGGAGAAUUUCGAACAGGUGAUUGUGAACGUUUUCCGGCCCUUGUUUGAGGUGACACAAAACCCCAAUAGUCAUCCCAAACUUCAUGUCUUCCUGCAGCGAGUGGUAGGUUUCGACAGCGUGGAUGACGAGAGUAAAGCCGAGCGCCGACUAUACAAGAAAUACCCCAUUCCGAGAGAAUGGAACACGAAACAAAAUCCGCCCUAUAGCUAUUGGAUAUACUUUAUGUACGCCAAUAUCGCGUCGCUGAAUUUCUGGCGCAAGAAACGUCGUUUCAACACAUUUGACCUGAGGCCUCAUUGCGGCGAGGCAGGGGAUCCGGAUCAUCUUGCGGCUGGCUUUUUAUGUUGUCACAGCAUUAGCCAUGGGAUAUUGCUUCGAAAGGUUCCAUUGCUGCAGUAUUUGUUCUAUCUGGAUCAAAUUGGAAUCGCAAUGUCACCACUCAGUAACAAUGCAUUGUUUCUGACAUACGAUAAGAAUCCAUUUGCAAGCUUUUUCAGACGUGGUCUGAAUGUGUCGCUCUCAACAGAUGAUCCUCUACAGUUUGCAUUCACGAAGGAACCACUGAUUGAGGAAUAUUCAGUUGCAGCCCAAAUAUACAAAUUCAAUGCAGUGGACAUGUGUGAACUCGCCAAACAUUCUGUUGAACAGAGCGGCUUUGAGCUCUCACUGAAAAAAAGAUGGCUAGGGGCAAAUUGUUGUCUUCCUGGUGUUGCAGGGAACAAUGUUGCAAAAAGUAAUGUGCCAGAUAUUCGUGAAAAAUACAGGCAUGAGACAUGGCUUGAAGAGCGCGCACUAAAAUACUUGGUUAACAUUCCCUAG